CUCCCCGUCCCUGAUGUCACAAUUCAGAGGCUGCUGCCCGCCUAAGAGGUUGUAGAAAGCUCUGUAGGUUCUCUCUGUGUGUCCUACAGGGCUCCUUGGGCCAGGUCCCUUUAUGAUGGCUUUUCUGAAAAAAUACCUCCUCCCCAUUCUGAUGGUCUUCUUGGCCUACUACUACUAUUCUGCAAAUGAGGAGUUCAGACCAGAGAUGCUCCAAGGAAAGAAAGUGAUUGUCACAGGGGCCAGCAAAGGGAUUGGAAGAGAAAUGGCUUAUCAUCUGGCGAAGAUGGGAGCCCAUGUGAUGGUGACAGCGAGGUCAAAAGAAGACCUACAGAAGGUGGUAUCCCGCUGCUUAGCGCUCGGAGCAGCCUCCGCACACUACAUCGCUGGCAGCAUGGAAGACAUGACCUUUGCAGAAAAAUUUGUUGCGGAAGCAGGAAAGAUCAUGGGAGGACUAGACAUGCUCAUUCUCAACCACGUCCACUACAGUCCUCUGUCUUUUUUUCGUGAUGACAUCAACAAGGUACGCAAACACAUGGAGAUCAACUUCCACAGUUUUGUGGUCCUGAGUGUAGCCGCCUUGCCCAUGCUGAAGCAGAGCCAAGGAAGCAUUGCUGUCAUCUCCUCAGUGGCCGGGAAAGUAGCUUAUCCUCUGAUUGCGCCCUACUCUGCAAGCAAGUUUGCUCUGGAUGGAUUCUUCUCGUCCAUUAGGGAGGAGUUGUUAGUGACUAGAGCCAAUGUGUCAGUCACUCUGUGUGUCCUCGGCCUCAUAGACACAGAUGCAGCCUUGAAGGCAACUUCUGGGAUAUAUUCAGCACAUGCAGCUCCAAAGGAGGAAUGUGCCCUGGAGAUCAUCAAAGGGACAGCUCUGCGUCAAGCGGAAAUGUACUAUGAUGGCUCAAUUUGGGGCCAAUUCUUGAUAAUAAAUCCAGGGAGGAAGAUCAUGGAAUUUCUUGCAACAAGAUACUUUAACUGGGACAAAGUGAUAAGCAACUAAAAACUCCCUUGAAGUUGGACAUUUUGAAGGAUCUUGCAAAUGUUCUGCCUAGUAUUUCUCUGAGCUCUACCCUUGAAGGUAUCUUCCAUCUUCCCAGAGGAAAAAUUAAAUUGUUCCCGACAACAUCUAAGUCCUGGGGUACCUCUCACAAUUGGAAGGAGUUCUUCUAACACUUGCACAGUGGAACUGUAAUUAUAAUAAAUGUUAUGAAUCACUUUACAACCAGCAGUUAUAAAACUGAUAGUAACCCUAGGUACACUUUUAUCAAAUUUACCUCAUAAUAUUAUCACGCUUAGCACAAUAUUAAUUAUAAUAAAUGUCACAUAAAAUUUGUAAAUUCAAAA